AUGUUCUUUUGUUGUUUUUGUCAACAACAAGAACAUUUCAUUAUUCGUACAUUGGAAAAACUGCCAGUUCACAGCGAAGUUAUUAACCUUCGACGUCUUUUGUUAUCAAAGAAUGUUUCCGACAGUCAAAAUGUAGACUUUACUCUGGCUAAACGCGAUGACUUUCCCUAUAUGUUCUUUUUGAUCAAUCACUCGACACGUGGAAUCUUAACCAUACGUAAGGAAAUCGAUCGUGAUGAUCUAUGUCGUUUACGUCGUUGCCGUUGUGAUACAUGGUGUGAUUUGGAACUUGAAAUCUUCGUUAAUAGUGAUCAGUUCAACAUCGAAUUGAUCACGAUACGUAUAUUGGAUCAAAAUGAUCACAGUCCACAGUUUUUAAGUGUAAAUAAUCAAUUGAAUUUAACUAUUGUCGAAAAUGCACCUAUUGGAGCGAUGAUUAAACUCGAACCAGCCGUUGAUCAUGAUCAAGGAGAGAACGGAAUUAUUGGUUAUUCGAUUACAUCAGCAACUGCGCUUCCGUUUUCACUUCGGUAUGAUUUAUCACGUGGUGAUUUAUCCCUGGUAAUCGAAGAAAACCUCGAUCGAGAACGUGUUUCAUCGUAUUCAUUCGAUAUUAUUGCUCACGAUGGCGGAAACCAAACAGGUCUUCUACAUGUUAAUCUAAAUAUCGAUGACGUGAAUGAUUCGCCACCAAAAUUCGAUCAAUCGAUAUAUACUCUGCAGAAUAUUAGCGAAAAUCUUCCAAUGAAUUCGAUUCUCAUGCAAGUUCAUGCUACUGACGAUGAUCAAGGCAUCAAUGGUGAAAUCACUUAUCAUUUACUCAAUCGAGAUAAUUGUUUUCAGAUUGAUCAAAUAACUGGUAACGUACGAGUUAUUUGUCAAUUGGAUUAUGAAAUGAAAACAAAUUAUCAAUUAGAAAUUGAAGCAAGAGAUGAUGGUGAAGGUGUGAAAUCCGACUUCUGCACGAUAAUCAUCAAUCUCAUAGAUGAAAACGACAAUUAUCCUCUGAUCGAUAUCUACCCGAACGAUAUUCAGAAUGAUUCAAACAACGUACAUCUUUUCUUAAGUGAAUCUUUACCUAUCAAUUCGUUAGUGUUGUCUCUAUCAGUAACUGAUCGAGAUUCUGGCGACAAUGGACGUGUAACUUGGCGUCUCGAUCAAUCAACGUCUUUACCAUUCGAAUUGAUCCGCCUAACAGAAACGACAGGCGAAAUACGUACGAAGCGUUUACUCGAUCGCGAAUACGUCUCGGAGUAUAACGUCAAGUUCGAAGCACAUGAUCAUGGCAAACCCAAAGCGAAAUCAAAUCAAUUGAAUAUUCAUGUGACUAUCGUGGAUGAAAAUGAUAAUGCACCGAAAUUUCGACAAAAUGAUAUUCACGUGACAUUGAGUGAACAUGUUCAAGUUAAUCAUCCGAAUGGGUAUGAAAUCUAUCAAAUCCAAGCUGAUGAUUUCGAUCAAGACCAAAAUGGCGAAAUCAGUUACUCGAUUCUAAAUCCAAAGAAUAAAUUCUUUGAAAUCGACUCACAGACAGGAAUUAUUCGUGCAAUGGUUGAAUUCGAUCGAAAACAACAAGAUGUUUAUAUAUUGAAUAUCCAAGCAAGCGAUAAAGGUACACCGUCAUUAUCAUCAAACGCAACAGUAACAUUCAUUAUUAUUGCCCGUAAUGAACACCCACCGAAAUGCAAUAUUGAGAAAAACAGUGCCUCGCUAUUUCUCAAGGAAAAUAGUAAACAGGGAACGAUCAUCAGUACGAUAUCAUGUCACGAUGAUGAUAAAGAUGCAGAAAAUGGACAGAUGAGUGUCCAUGCAAAUUGGUGGUUCGAUCGCGUAGAAACAAAUCAAUUGAAAACAAAUAUUCCAUUUGAAAUUAUGACGAAAAACAAUGUAUCGGAGUCCAUCCUUCAAGUGAUAAUUAUUGUCAACGGAUCAAUCGAUCAUGAAUUGAUAUCUUCCUACCAACUAUUACUUACCAUAUCUGAUAAUGGUAAUCCUCCUCAAUCAACGAAUAUUUCAUUUUCAAUUGAGAUUCUCGAUGAAAAUGACAAUUGCCCUCAAUUGCAUAUUGAAUCAUCUUUCAUAAUGAUCAAUCGUGAUAUAACACAACAGAGUUUUCUAAUGCAUCUCAUCGCUUCUGACAAUGAUCAAGGUCCAAAUGGACAAAUCACUUUUGAACUUUCAUCAUCAACAGCACCACCCUUUGUUCAUCUGUAUUCUAAUGGAACUUUAGUUGUGCAGACAAAUUCAAGUCUGAUCGAAGUUGAUUCGUUGACUGUUUUACAUGUACAAAUCAGUGAUCAUGGACAGCCAACACCAUGUCUGAUCGUCGAAACAUUACGUAUAUUUCUAGGUUCGAAUCGAACAGAUUGGUUAACUGUUUUAAAAAAUAACGAUCAAAUAUCAUCGAAUCUUAUUGUCGAACAGUUUCAACAGGGUAAACGAAUGGCUUAUGGAUCAUCAAUUCAAUCGACUCCUAAGUCUUCUCAUAUAUUCAAAUCAUCAAUAUAUUCCUUAGCAAGUCGUAAACAACUGUUUAUCAUAGCUAUUGGUUUCGUUAUACUUUUUACAAUUGUGAUCGUCUCCUUAAGUAUCUGUUUUGUUGAUCGUUUACAUAAGAAAAACAACAAGAGAAGGCCUUUGAUUCGGCCCAAUGGUCUCAGUAGUUGUCCAUACAAUUUAGCCAACGGGAAGCGUAUUGCUAGUUCGUCACCAUUGAAGACACGAAUAUGUUACGAAGAUGAUUCUCCAACGCAUCAUUAUACGAAUUUAAAAUCAACGAAACCAAUUAUCGUUGUCGGUGGCCUAUCAAGUCAAUCGUCGUCAUCCGUAGAUUCAACAACACGUUCAAACACAGCUCGAAAUCGUUCAUUCAAUGCCACGUAUUCAUAUACACCUAUCGGUACAAGUGAGGAAUUGACACCUGUGGAUUUUGACGAUGAGCCCAACGAUGGAGUACAUAGUGGUGUUGAAUUAAUGAUGACGACUGUUUAA